AUGAUGGAUCUGUUCGGCAGAGGAGAGCUCGGGCUGCUUGGAGGAGGUGAAGGGCUGAGAGAUGACGUGGGCGUAUCCGGGAUCAGCUGGUCGGCAAAUCGGCUCCCGGACGAUAUGUACCCGGCAUCAGGAUUGGCCCUUGCUGCCGCCUAUCAUGACAUCAAGACCCGGCUGGCCAGUCUGGAGAGAGAGAACAGCAGCAUCAAGAGGAAACUCAAACACUAUGAGUUUAAGUUUCCUAUGAUCAGUAAAUUUGGAGAGGAGAGGACACUGUGUUGUUCCUGUGAGCCCAUCAUCAAGGAUACCAGUGUUAUCCAAUCAGAGACAACCAACCUACAACAAAGGAUCAACUCUCUCACUCAGGAGCUCCAGAAGACCAAGGAGAGAGAGGAGAGGCUGGAGGAAGUCAUCCAGGCUUACGAGAAGAUCCACCUGGAGAAAAGCAACGUGCAGAGAGACUUAGACAAGAUGACCACUCUAGCAGAGCAGCACGUGGAGCAGAUCUGCAGUCUGGAGUCGGCUCUCAGGCAGAGAGAAAGUUCCCUUCAGAAACUCAGCGCUCAGCUCCGCAGCAAAGACGCACAUCAGCCUCAGAUGCACGCUAGCCUGGACGUUCCCCGAGAGGGCAGAGGACCGACCCUGCAGAGCUCCCGCAGUCUGGACGCGCUGUCAGAUAUGAAGCUCCAGCGACUAGAGGCCGAGCUAGAGGGGGCGCGGCACCAGGCGGAGGGGGCGUGUCAGAGGGAGAAGGAGCUGAGGGCCAAGCUGCAGAGGCUGCAGCAGGAAGUGGCUCAGCUGCAGGAAGCACAGAGACAGUCACAGGAGAUGGCGCCACACUGCGAGCACUGUGACGUAGAGUGGAUAAAGAAAGCCGGGGACGAACAGGUGAACCUAGCGUUAGCCUACACUGAGCUAACUGAGGAGUUGGGUCGUGUUCGCAGCCUGGCUGUCAAACAGGGCGACCUCCUGCGACACGUCUCACAGGAACCUGGUAGGUCAUUGUCUCGUCCUCCCCUGGCUCCUCAGCGUCUCUCCCCGACCUCCCCCCAGCGCCCCUCCCUCUCCCCUGACAGGCUCCUCCCCAGCCCCUCCCCCCCGCUUUCACCGAACAACGGCCCAGCCUCCUACUCCCAUCAGCUAAGCAGCAGCCGCCUACGAGCCAAGUUCCAGGGUCGCCGUAGUUACUCGGAGGUGUCUGACCCGUCCGCCAUCCACAGGCCCCCGGUUCGCCUGAUGAGGGAUCCGGUGUCUACUCUUCCCAAACCUAGGCCCCUCCUUGGGGAGAGUCAGAGUUAUGGCCAAAUCAAAUCCCAGCUCCGUACCUCCCUGGUGGGCCUGGUGAGGCCGGCUUCGGCUCACGGAGCUGGAGGGGAGAGAGGAGGAAGUGGAGGAGAGCGGGCAGGGGGCAGCAGCCUGAGCAGCAGUCCUCAUCAUUGUGCUCUGGACCGGGGCUUCCCCUUGGCUGCUGAGGUGCAUCACUUCUGUCAUCUUGACGACCCCCCUGAGCCCACCCCACUGGUGACCCCACCCCAGUCCUCUGAUGACGAAGAGGACGUGUGCACCUAUCUAUCGCCGGCUGCCAGCCCACCUCAGACGCUCGGCGCGACUGGGAUUGGCUCAUCAUCGCCUAGGGAACAGCCCCUCCACCCUUCAUUCCCAUCACCGAGGAAACAGCCCCACCAUCCCUCUUUCUCAGCCCCAGAGGGACCUGCCACCCUCUCCUGCCAUCUGCCUCCCUACAUGAACACUGAGCACGCUCAGUCAUGGCCCUCCAUUAAUUUAUGGAUGGAGUCAGAGGAGAGUGCCGUUCGUAGCUGUCCUCUGUGUCAGCUGACCUUCCCAACUGGUUACCCUGACGACGCCCUCAUCAAACACAUCGACUCCCACUUAGAGAACAGCAAGAUCUGA